AUGCGAAAUCUCAGACAACGAGAGGAGGAGAUUUUAAACCAAAUGGAGAAAAAGCUGCGAGAGAUUCAUUGUAAAUUAAGUUCUGUUGAACAAGCUCUCUCCGAGUUAAAGACACAGAUGGGAAAAGAUUCCCUCACCUUCCUGCAGGAAGAAGCUGCUGGCAACAGAAGAGUCAGUGACGUGGGGUUUGAUCUGUCGGUGUGUGAGGCUGAGCUGCCGGUGGGGAUAUACAAAGGGCCUAUACAGUACACAGCCUGGAGACACAUGAUACACGGCAUCAGCCCAGCUCCGGCCUCUCUGACUAUGGAUCCUGACACAGCCCAUCCCAACCUCAUCCUGUCUGAGGACCUGACCAGCGUGAGACACGGAGAAACACGGCAGCAGCUCCCGGACUCCCCAAAGAGGUUUGAUCCCUGUGUCUGUGUCCUGGGGUCUGAGGGCUUCAAAUCAGGGAGACAUUACUGGGAGGUGCAGUUGGCCAACAAGACAGAGUGGACAGUGGGAUUGGCCCGAGAGUCUGUCAACAGGAAAGGAAAGAUCACACUGUCAACAAAGAUCGGAUUCUGGGCUGUGUAUCUGAGAAACGGGGAUGUAUAUAAAGCUUGUACCUCACCUCGCACACGCCUGUCCCUGAGAGAGAGACCCGGGAAGCUGGGAGUUUACCUGGACUAUGAGCGGGGAGAGGUGGUAUUUUACAACGCUGAUAACAUGUCUCAUCUCCACACUUUCACCCAGACUUUCACUGAGAAACUUUAUCCUUACUUCAGUCCCGGUUUCAAUGACGGCGGCAAAAAGUGUGAUCCUCUGAGGAUCUGCACGGUGACAGAUUAA